UCAAGCGACAAGUAAUAACUCAGAUCGACUUCUCUGCAAUUAAGAAUUAAGAAUUAAACAAUUUGACACUCAACAGAUUUUUGAAUACUUGAGGACUCAGGUGAAAAAUAUAAGAAUAUUAAAGUAAACAAAUAUAAAUAUAAAUAAAGUGUAAAAGUAUAAAUAGCGCAAAAUAAUAAGCAAAAAACAAAAACUGUGUUAACAAACAUCAUAGAAAUUAAUUCAAGCUUCCUUCUUGGCUUGAAUGCUGCUUGAACAGAAACAAUAAAAGUUUUAUCAAACCAAAAUCAAUAAGCACUGGGUAGCGAAAAAAUACAAAAAAAUAGAAGUAUAAUCUUACGAAACUGUGUUUGAUCCAUUUGACAUACAAACAUCAUCGUUAAUAAUUGCUGGACGAAACUACUCUGCGAGAACUAUUUUGCGCGCCAGCCACCAAAACGCCACAACGGAUGUGUUAGCUCACUAAAUGCGGCGCUGCUGAGGAAACAGAAAUUUGCAUUAACGACAUUGGUUCAUACUCGUACAAACAUACAUACACGCAAUUUUUCAAUUUAUGCGAUUACCUAACACAAACAAAUAAAAAACAAAAGCGAAGGAAUAGUUUUAUAGAACCAAUAAUAAUAAAGAAAUUAACAGUUAUACUUUACUUUUAAGUGAAGUUUGAAAAAAGUUGUAAGAACCAGUUGCAAACAAUGCAGCCUCUAAAACGUUUCACACAAUGCGGCAGUCUAACUAUGCUAUUUGGCGUUUUCAUUGUGCUCUUCGGCGUCAGCUCAACAGCUUUGACAACAUUUGGCAAGACGAAUAGUGACAAACCCACACCAACACCAAUCAUCAAAGGCAAGGAGUGCAAUACCCACGAUGAGUGUCUAACGAUAGUUAAAACCAGCUGCGUCAAGGACCCCAACGACUAUAAGCAUCGCUGCCUGUGCGGUGACGACUCAACGCCGGUUAAUGGGCAUUGUCAGGAUGUACUAAAAGGUUUGCGUCACAAAUGCAACAGCAGCAACGAAUGCGAGGAUGGUUUGGUUUGUCAAUUUGAAAGUGUCAAUCGUACAAUUAGUGUGGCUAAAUUCAUUUCCAAAACAAAACUUUGCCUUUGCGAUAAUGAGAAUGGAUUUUUCGAGGAUGUUUUGAAAGACAUUUGCAGCGGCGCUUCGCUACGAACAAUUGCAAACAUUUUGCUGUCCCUGCUCUCCACAGUGGCGCCGUUCUUUGUCUAUGCACGCAUGAAGCCGCAUUUCUAAAUGGACCAACAGUGAAGCUAAUAUUUUUAUCUUCAAUCCAAAUUGUGAUUAAAAAACAAAUUUUUGUUAUUAUUUAUAUAAUCGUUUUUCAAAAACUGCAGUCAUAAUCAGUGGUUAAUGCAUUGUCAAUUAGCAUAUAAACAUAUCUUAUUUUUAUUUGUAUGUAUUGCAUACUGUGAGUUAUAAGCUUAUCGAUGCAAUUCUCAAUUAUUUUGUGGCAUGAAAAAAUUAUGAUAUGCGAAAGCAUUGUAUUGCUCUUUUACCCUUAGCACAUAAAAAUCAUAUACAUAGAUAUAGAUACAUUAAUACUAAAUACUUUAAGUACCACUAAAUUUAUAUGUAUGUGUACAUCACCCACUGUUGUGCCUCUUCAAGUGAAACGAAAAUUGCAAAUUUAUCUACAUACUUGUAUACAUUUUAUUGCUCUAUAUACCUACAUACAUGCAUAUGUACUUUUAAGAGUGUAAGAAAAAUUUUACUAAUACAUUCAUUCGUACAUUUUAAAUCAUUAAAAUUAUUUGUUACAAUAUAAAUGUAAAGUUCAUAACAUUGUACCACCGCCAAUUUUAUCUGCCUUAUCACAAAGGCUCAAACGUUUAACGAAUAUACUUUAUAUAAAAAACUAUAAAAAAAAAGAAUACGGAAAUUUUAAAUAAAAAAUAGCAAAGCAAAGCACGCACUUGGAACUAGUAAAAUUUUAUUGUAGGUAACAUAUCUAUUUGAUUUUUUUAGCUCUCAGCACUGGCAGCAUUUCUUUAAACACUUAAGCACCUGCACUGAUGUAGAAUAAAAAAUAGAAAAUUGGCUUACAGAGUAGUCCAAAUACACGUUUUUUAAACAAUAUUUCUAUUCAUAUUCAUAUUUAUUUAUUUCGGUCUACAAAAAAAUAUCUUACAAACUAAUAAGUUUAAUUAAAAAUGAUAAAAACAUUGAGUUUAAACUUUACAGCAUUAACAUUAAAAUCACUAACUUCAACAGCUGUUAAAUUGCUGUUAAACAAUCGUGCACAGCGAGUGAGAGGUUCGCUCACUGAGGUCCUAUUGGUUGAAUGAACAGGCGAUGAAUCAUAUUGUAAUAUAUGUAUUGCACACUCAGGCUUAAUGGUAACAUCAGCAUUGUAACGUAGAUGAAGAUUGAAGAGUAACAGCAUAUUCUUCUAUCGUGCAACAAUUGCAAUAACUGCAAGCUUAGCAAUUUACGACGGGCGGUGUAAUGGCGUAGAUUAUUUUGCAUAUGUGAGUGCCUGAGAGAGUGACGGCGUUCGUGUUUUAAGCAGAUAUCAAAUUGAGAUACAUCCGCCUUUCAUGCGUGGUGCGAUGCAAUGAUACCGACUAUAUAAAGGUUUCGAGUGAGAUGUGCCCGAUCGGGUAAAACUCGACUAUAAUUAAAAAUAAAAACUUAUAUUUGGACCUAAAAGUAUAGACAUUUGCGCUUCGAUUCAGACAACUUAAUAAACGAGACAACUUAUAUGUACAUACAUACUUAUAUAUGUAGUGGUUGUAGACAUAAUUUGCCAUUUGUACCUUAGAGAACAAAAAUAUAUGUAUGUCUUAUUAAAAAUAAGUGCAUUAGUAAUUAAUCAUGUAAUAUUAGAGCUAUUUUAUACAUAAUUAAUCUGCCUUUAUGGUCAUUCGAUAUAUGUAAAUGUACACGUUUGCAGUAGCACCCACAAAAACUCAUUAUAGAAAAAUUUACAAUUCAAUCAAAUGUUGUAGUUUAUGUUCAACCGUAAUUCUAAUGUUUAUAUGUGAACAUUCUUUCGUACCUUAUUUUCAAUAAAAGUC